AUGCCUUCUCUCAAAACAGUCCUCUCGGUAACCUUGCCUGCUGUUGCGUCGUCGGCAGCAGCAACCGCAGACGUCCUCGAAAAGCGCCAGUAUACCGGUCAACAGACCCGACUCACCUUCUUCGGCUACCCCGACAACUGCGACGACACGGGCUGUUACAGAGACGCCACAGCAUACGAUUGCCAGGGCCGAGGGUCAAUCGCCGGCGGAGAUGGCACCUUCGACAACCCUUUGACUGCGGCAAUCAAGACCGGUGGCAACUUCGAGCCAUGUCAGAUCGCAUACACGACGUACCUUCAAAAAUUCCUCAUAUUCGACGGUCUCUGCGCCAGUUGCACGCCCGAUCACGUGGACAUCUGGGUGCAGAGCUCCUGCAGUGACGAUGCGGACAGCGUCUGCGCUUGCGAGGACCAGCUCACUCCCGACGUUGACGACUAUUUGUACUACGGUAUCACUGCUGAUGAUCCGAGCACGUUCAACGUCGAUACGACACCGCUGUACUCCGGAGGCUGCACCGGGAAUACAUACCCGACCAGUGCUGGAAAGCGGGACAACGCCGGCAUGGAGCAGAGCAUCAAUCCACAGCGCAAGAGGGACGGGUUGUGGGGUGUUGAAGAAAUGUGGUUGAAGAACAAGAGGCAGAGCGGUGCUUGCAGCGAGAACUCUUGCCAGUGCACUUGUUGA